AUGGACGCACCCACUCUCAUUCUUGUUCCCCCAACUCCUCUCAGGUUCGAUACUCCCUCCGCUGCUCCUUCCUCGUCCUCCUCCUCGCCAUCCAGCUCUGCCCACAGGCCAACCUCUGUCCACCAGCACAGGCUCUCAAGGCAGAGCCAGCCCACCAGAGACUCGUCAGACGCUAUUUACUCCAUUUAUUCCAUGUACGGCGAUGACACAAAUGCCAGAGCGAGUGUAAGCUGGACAAACCCUCCCCACAACCAUGAUCGGACUCGCUCAAGGGACACUAUUUCUCCCCCGACAGUCAAGAUCGAGCUUCCCAGGGACCGCCCCAUCUCUGCAGUGACAACCAGGAGCAAUGAUCACUCUGACCUGGCAUACUAUUCACCGGAACAGGACGAGCAUGUUCCUCCAGCAGCAUUGGAGAAGCUCGACUCCCAGCGCGGCAUGGUCGGCAUGGGCGAUAGCCCUCGUGGAUCUCUUGCUACCACUUCCUCUGCUCGCCCUCCUUCCAGUUAUGCGACGCCUUCUUCCUUACGAGCUCAAUCAGAUCUUUUUGAAGACCCCGGAUUAGCUGGUAGUUCAAAUCUCCGGAAGAGUGAUCUGUCUGCCUCAUCUUACACCUCAGGGCCUUCGCAGUCCAAGGAAUAUCGAAGAAGCGUCUCAGUCCAUUCCAAACGAUCUUCUCGGGGCUCACCAAGCCCUCACCAGCACUCAUCUCUGCGCGACUUGCCUCCAUUACCCCCCUCAGUUCGUAACACACCUUCUCCGACCCCUUCGCGACAACCCUCUCCGUCACCCGCUCAUCCGCACAUCACACCCAAGACAUCCAUGAACUUGAAUGGAAAAAUCCCCUCACCCUUCAAUUCUCCGUCAAGUAAAGUCUCCCUCGUGCCGUCAGAAGGCGAAGACUUGGAUGGUUUUCAUGUCCGAAACACCUACGCUCAGCUCGAGGCAUCAGGUGUAAGGGGAGAUGGAUAUGAAGAGGGUGUUGAACGGACACGCGCCAGAAUUGGGACGAGUAGAACUAGUCAACUGCAGGCAGAGGCUGCUCUUGCGGACGGCGAUGAGAAGAAGAGGCCCCUUGACGAUAAAGAAAUUCAGCUUCUUAGGAGCGUUGAUCGAUACGGUUUCUUCUCUGUCACCUCUCAUGAUCGACUUAUUCUUCUUAAUGCUACGCCUCUUCUUAAGAAACUGACCCAUACUCCUGCCGGACCCCCUACUGCUUCUGCAAAUGCUACGACAGUCAAUGCAUUACCUCCUGUCACAAUACCUCCCAAAGAACCUUCCAGGAUAGCUAAAUGGACACGUAUGCUAGUACCACAAAAACGUCAGCAUGGCGGCAACGUUGAAACUUGGACAAUACGACCAUCCAAGGAAGCCAAAUUUAGAGAGCGGUUAUACAAGGGUAUUCCCGACCGUUGGCGGAGAGCCGCCUGGGAUCUCUUGAUGUGUCGGUAUUCGGGCUUACCACCCCGUACGUUCGAAAUUCUGGCGUUAGAGUAUCGCGAGGGUCUGGAAAGACCAUCACCAUACGACAUCCAGAUAGACCUCGAUGUGCCACGGACAAUCAGUGGACAUAUCAUGUUCAGGACGAGAUAUGGUGCUGGACAACGGUCCCUAUUCCAUGUGCUUCACUCAUUUUCUCUCCGAUGUUCGUCUUGUGGGUAUGUUCAAGGUAUGGGCCCGAUAGCAGCUACAUUGUUGUGCUACUUCGAGCCUGAGCGCGUAUACUCCUCCCUCGUGAUUCUGCAUGACUCAUACAAGCUACAUGAUGUGUUCAAUGCUGGAUUUCCUGGUAUGCUGGAAGCGAUAUAUGUGCAAGAACGUAUCAUGGCUUUGACAAUGCCAGCUGUAUACGAGGCAUUCCGUAAAAAUAUGAUAUCCACAACAUCAUAUGCAACCAAAUGGUACAUCACGCUCUUUGCAAACUCGGUACCAUUCCAGACACAGCUCAGACUUUGGGAUGUGUUUCUGUUGGAAGGAUACGACGUUUUCGUUGCAAUGGCAGUAGCGAUUGUGUGGGUUUAUCGAGAUCACAUCACAUCAAGCUCUGCUAACUUUGAAACCAUCCUAUCCCUUCUAUCAUCCUUCUUCGUCCCUGAAGACGAAGAUGCCCUCAUGUCUUGGAUCGGAACAACCCUUGGGGACAAGAAAUUUCGGGGCAACAUGACAAACUGGCGGCAAGCUUGGAAAAAACUUGUCGCAGAAGGCAAAGAAGGCUCUGCCCUUCUAUAG